GGUAAAAAUAGUGUGGGAUUUAGCAUUUCAGUUUCAAAAAUCUAGUAAAUUCAAAACUCUGCAUUUGCGAUUUUUUACUAUUUUCAGUUUUCAUGCACACUAUCUGUUCGAUGAAAUUCCUGACAGACGUCAAUGGCGUUUCAAUCAAUUUCAGGAAAUCCAUUGUUCUCUUCGCUUCACUCUUCCCAAAACCCAUGCCGUUCUCUUCAUCAUCAACAACACCACCUACUUCCGGCGUCGACGUAGCGUCCGCCGCCGUCUCAAUCCUCAAGCACCACCGCUCAAAAUCCCGGUGGUCACACCUCCGCUCCCUCAUCGCCGCCGGAGAAGACAACCGCCUCACCGCCGACCAAUUCUCUCAGAUCGCCCUUCAACUCCGCAACAGUCCCCAACUCGUCAUCCGCUUCUUCCACUUCACUCUCCACCACUCUCUCUCCUCCCACACUCUCUUUUCCUACGCCACCGUAAUUCACAUUCUUUCUCGCUCUAGGCUUAAAUCACAAGCCCUAACCCUAAUUAAAUCCUCCAUGUGCGCAUUCUCCGAAUCCCAGCAGCAAACAUCCACGAUUUCAAUCCUCGAUGCACUGAUCAAAACCUACAGAGCUUGUGAUUCCGCCCCCUUCGUCUUCGAUUUGUUAGUCAAAGCGUGUCUAGAGUCCAAAAAAACCGAUCUCGCUAUCGAAAUUUACGCAGCUCUAAAGUCGAAGAACGUGCAUCUGAAAACGAGCACUUGCAACUCUUUGAUCGAAAUCGUCUCGAAGAAUCGAGGUUGCUUCGCCGGGUAUGAUUUAUAUAGGGAAAUUUUCAAUCUCGAUGCUGAAAACGCAUGUCGAAAUCGGAAACGAGAAAACGGCGUUUCUCCGAAUGCGAGUACUUUGAAUGCGGUUAUGAUUGGUUUUUACAGAGAAGGGUUGGUGGAUAAAGUCGAACAAGUGUGGGAUGAAUUCUCGAGAGUCGCAUGCGUGCCGAAUGUAUACAGCUUCAACGUGUUAAUGGCAGCAUAUUGCGAUGAAGGGAGAAUGAAAGAAGCCAUGGAGGUGUGGGAGAAAAUGGAGGAUCAAGAGUUGAAACGUGACGCGGUUUCAUAUAACACAGUUAUCGGUGGGUUUUGCCGAAUCGGAGAAGUCGAAAGGGCAGAGGAGAUUUAUAGAGAAAUGGCGAUGAAAGAUGUCGAAAGCACUUGUGUUACUUACGAGCAUCUAAUAAACGGGUACUGUAAAAUCGGGGAUUUGGAUUCUGUGAAGUUGCUGUAUAAGGAUAUGUGCAGGAAAGAAUUUAGCCCGGAGAAUUCGACUGUGAAUGUUAUUAUCGGAUCGCUUUGUGAGAAGAAUGAAAUUUCUGCUGCAUUGGAGUUUUGGAGGAUGGCGGAGAAAAAGUACGAUUCUGUUUUGGAGAAGGAGAAUUACGAGAAGUUGGUUAAGGGUUUGUGUGAGGAGGGAUGAUGGAGGAAGGUUUGAAGGAUUCAAGCGGAGAUGGUGGUGAAAGGGUUUGAACCGAAUUCGGAUAUUUAUGGUGCUUUCAUUGACGGGUAUUUGAAACAGGGGAAUGAACGAAUGGCCGAUAAAUUGAGGGAAGAAAUGCUCUGUAAAAGUCGAUAAUGAACGAAUGUGAUUGAAAACAAUGCAAAGAUUUUCCGCGUAAGCGAUGGAUGGCGAUUUUCUUACAUCAGAAACCGAAUCUUCUUGAUUAUAAAGGUCAUAAAGAUGAUCCUCCUCUUGCUAUUGGAUGUGCAGUUAACUUGAUGAGAUUUGAUAGUUCAUUUUUCUUCGAUCUCCCUCGUCUCCGCCGAGUGCCGACAAUAGACAUUGCUACAUAAAUUAUGUACACCAUUAUACGUACAUACAAUAGUUGAUGUGAUGCCGGUGAUAGGCGACAAUAGUUACGAGUUGGAGCUCAAGUUGUUCACUUUGAUCGGAGAUAAGGGGUGGACGCGAACGACGGCUACCCGAACUCCGAACUCCGAACUCCGAACAUGGCCACGUGGCUCUUCAGCUGCUUAAACGCCGCCGUUUUGUUCGGUUUCUCACGUAACAUUUUUGCAUUGCUUUUUACCUUGUCCUUUUCUUCUUUGCUUUUAAUUAAUAUAAACAGAAGAAUGAAUUAAAAACUCUAA